UCUUAUUUUGAAAAUCACGUGCGAACCCAGUCUCUUCCUGGUCGGUGUGGACGGAGGGAGCCGCUGGGUGAGGUCUGUCGUUGGAGCCGAGGAAAUAAUGAAGGCAACCCGGGAAGUUGAGAGCGAGGAGCCGCGGGAUUCGUGGCGUUAGUGCGUGUCUAAAAAAACCUCUUUGAAUCCGAACACAGCUUUACGUGGACCUGCUUUCACACCCCGACUUGUCCACUAGCUGCCCCGUGUAUUGCUAGCUGCUAACGCUAAAUACCGAAGCACCUGUCUCCAGCCUCUUUGUUUGAGACACAGGUCCUCUUGUCCUCUUCUUUGUCGGUCCUCUGUAUAAACACCAGCUCUUCUUCUCUGUCCCCUCUGUUUCCGCUGUCCUAUCUGCAUCGCCGGAUCCGGGACAAAGAAGAUGGACUGAUUCCUGCCUCCGUCCGGAAAUGCCUGACACGAACUGUGUCUGCGUCCCGUUGGAUAUUAUUAAUAAACCCGGAUACCCGCGACAGUAAGGCAUGGCGUCCUCUAAAGCUAAGGUGGGAGUCAACAGUGAGACCACCCCCGUGAAAGAGGGCAAGAGCAGCAGCAUCGGUGGACCCGGAGAACCGGUUCCCGGUCACCGGAUAUACUGCCUGGAUGACCUGGAGACCGUCGCCACCGUCGGCACAGGAACUUUUGGCCGAGUCUUCCUGGUCAAGGACAAGAAGAGCAGGGCCUUCUAUGCCCUGAAGCAGAUGAAGAUCCCUGACGUGAUCCGACUGAAGCAGGAGCAGCAUGUCCACAAUGAGAAGGAGGUGCUGUCAGAGGUCAACUACCCUUUCCUCAUCCGACUGUUCUGGACUCACCAUGAUGAGCGUUUCCUCUACAUGCUGAUGGACUAUGUGCCAGGAGGUGAACUGUUCAGCUACCUACGCAGCCGUGGGCGCUUCAGCAACAACACAGGCCUCUUCUAUACUUCUGAGAUUGUAUGUGCCAUUGAGUACCUACACUCCAAAGAAAUCGUCUACCGUGACCUGAAGCCUGAGAACAUCCUGCUGGACAGCGAAGGGCACAUCCGCCUUACAGACUUCGGAUUCGCAAAGAAGCUCUCUGACAGGACCUGGACUCUGUGUGGAACUCCUGAGUACCUGGCCCCUGAAGUCAUCCAAAGCAAAGGCCAUGGCAGAGCAGUGGACUGGUGGGCUCUAGGCAUCCUCAUCUUUGAAAUGCUGGCAGGGUACCCACCCUUCUUUGAUGACAACCCAUUUGGAAUCUACCAGAAGAUUUUGGCUGGAAAACUCGAAUUUCCCCGCCAUCUGGAUUUCUAUGUCAAAGACCUCAUCAAGAAGUUCCUGGUCAUCGAUAGAGCCAGACGGCUAGGCAACAUGAAGAAUGGAGCAGAUGAUGUGAAGAAGCACCGCUGGUUCAAAACAAUUGACUGGGAGGCAGUUCCUCUACGGAAACUGAAGCCUCCUAUAGUGCCUAAAGUUUCCCAUGAGGGUGACACCUCCAACUUUGACGUUUACCCAGAGGACGACUGGAAGAAAGACCCUCCUGUGCCUCAGAAGGACUUAGAGAUCUUCAAGAACUUUUGAUCAGUCUGCCUGGUUUAUUUAUUCGUGGAAUAUCCUGAGAAUUGACCCAACAUAUUCUAAAUGUACUGUCGCAGGGAGUCACAUUUUAUCUGUAAUAAUGACCUCCCUACCUACCAACUCCAAAUGAUUGAUGCUGUGACCUGUAUCAUACCACAGAGAUGAUUUGCUUUUUAUAUGUUUAUUUAUGUGACCUAAGUCGAACUUUUGCUGUUUUAAAUUUUUAUAAUUUUUUUUCUGAGCCUGCUCAUAUGCAAAAAGUGUGGUUCAUUUGAAACCAAAAGACUGUUACUUCCUAGGUUUAAAAAAGAAAAAUAAUCAGGUCUUUUUUUAUAUUGUUUUAUAUUUUCUCUCUUUCUCAAAUGUUCAUGUCUUCAUAUUUAAUGUGACUCAAGACUGGUGCUGUAAUUGUAAGCUGGCCAGUGGGUACUAAUGUGCAGUUUUGGACUUACUAUACUGUGUAGUCAUGAGUCAGACACUUUAUUUGAAAAUGUGUGACCUGUAGCACUUGUAAAAAGGUGCCUUACAUCACAGUUUAUUGGGCAAGGUGUCUCGCAGUUCCCUAAAGCUCACAUGAAAUCUUCUGGCAGUACUAAUUGAAAUUGAAUCAUUUGAACCAUCAGCACACGUGAGGUGUUGCUGAAUGUGCUGUCUCGUCUUCCACUGUAAAACUCUCAUCUCCCAUCUCUGUUAUUUCCUGUCGCACCUCUAAAACAGCUUUAUCCACAGUAGCGACUUCGUUAGUACAAUAGCCAUGUGAAGUGAAAGGUGCUGGGACUUUGGGCCCUUGACAUCUAAUUUCUUCUUUGUAGAGCUGCAUUAUAGUCAACCGAGUCAGUUUUCAUCCACAUGUCAGUGUAUCGUGUAGUCAAGGCUUAAAACAUAUUUAUAUAGUGAUAUUUCAGGACAUUAUUGGCCUUUAAAAUAAACCGCGUACUGAUCUUUCCA